AUGACAACAGCGACUGUUACCUGCGCACACUCUUCUCAAAGUCCGGUCGGUAGCGCGCAAGUAUCCAAGGAAGAAGAUCAUCUAACGCAAACCAGACAGCCCGGUCAAGGCGGCGCCGCAGAAGCUGAGCACAGAGAUCUCCGUGCAGAAUUACUUGCGGCAGAGGCGGCCCAUUUUGCAAAGACGAAGGGGACGAUCGCAGAACCCACGAGCAGCCCCUCGAAACCUAUAAAGCGAGAACUCGAAGACGACCCCGAUCGUGGUAACGACGAGGACGAAGACAUUGAGACAAAACGAAGAAGGAUACUCGAAGAAACUAGAGACAUCGAUGCGGACUCAGAUGGAGACGAUACAGAAAGCAGCGACGAGGAAAGUGACGAAGAAGAUGAGACGGCAGAGCUGAUGCGUGAACUCGAGAAAAUCAAAAAGGAAAGAGCUGAGCAAAAAGCACGGGAAGAAGCAGCACAGGCUCAAGAGGCAGAAGACCAGCGAGAACGAGAUAUUGCACUUGGUAAUCCGCUCCUCAAUCCAAGGGCAUUCAACGUGAAGCGGAGAUGGGACGACGAUGUGGUCUUCAAGAACCAAGCUCGAGGCACGGAGCAGAAAGGAAACAAGGAGUUUGUCAACGAUCUUCUGAGAUCGGAUUUUCACAAGAAAUUCAUGUCGAAAUAUGUCCGAUAA